AUGGUUCAGCAGGCCGCCUCUCUUUCCGGAUCCCUUCAUUCUCUUACAAAGGAGCCAGGCACCCCUCCUUGGCCCUGGAGACCGGCGAGCAGCGGAACAGACAGUCGUCUUCCACAGGACUUUCUAGGAGCCUGCACGUUCCUGGAGGAGGCCAACAAUGAACAAGUAAACAAACAACGUAAGAAAGAGCACUUCGGAUGCCGCUCAGGAUAUGCUGAUAAAGGAAGGCCCCGCCUGGCCUCCCACUUCCCAGUCGCCCCGGGGAGCGGCCUGGUCUCGGCUCUCAGGAUGUGGAGGCUGCAAAUAGCUCGGCAGCUGCAGCCGGGAGCCGCCGGGAAGCGCGCCAGCCGCCGCCUCGCGGGCCCGGAGCCGCCGCGCCGAGCGCCCAGAGCCCACCGAGGCCGCCUUGCCUGCGCGGAGCCCCCUGCACCGUGCGCCCCGGGGCUAUGGAGGAGCCCGAUCGCUGCCCGCCUCCACGACGGCCAGCACCAGGGAUCCCCGGUUCUGCACGAAGUGAGGGGGGACGGGCCCCCUCUCUGCGCAGAGCUGACUCCACCUCUCGGGGGUCUCGGUGCCUGGCCUGACCCCAGAGAGUCGUUCAGCCUUUUGACAUCAUCGCCUUAAAAUAUUUUUUCUCUUGAGUUUCCUGCUAGUGACAAGACUCACAUUCUCCUCUGGCCACACUCCUAAAACUUGAAAACCUAAGUCUUAUUUAGACAGCACCAUGGAAAGUUUCUUUUUAUAUCUUUUUGUUUGAUUGUUUUGUUUUUUUGACCGUGAGUCUUGCAAGAUCUUAGUUCCCCGACCAAGGAUCGAACGCACGGCCGGAGUGAGAGCUCCGGGUCCUAUUAACCACUGGACUUCCAGGGGAUUCCCACAACUUCAGUCUUUUAAGAAGGAGGCUUGGAAGGAAAUUUAAACGGACCCCUUGCUCUGCCCACAAGCGGUUGAAACAGGGAUGGGUCCUGGUCGCCCCCAGCCCUGGGCUCUUCUCCCCCAAAGGAGAGUGGGAGGUGACACUUGGGGGCGCAGAGCGUUGUUGGAGCCCAGGGUCCUCCCGUUUCUCGAAGUUGGGUACAGUUGCCUUCCAAGGGACAGGUCGCUUCCCCCCAGCCCCUCCCUGGUGCCUGCUGCCAGAAGAACUUCCGGUCCCUUCCAAGGUCAAGGUCAAGUUGCCCUGUCUUGGGUGGCAGGAGCCCGGCCGGUCCCACCCAGGCAGUGAGCCUGGGGGCUGCUGGCAGAGCCCGAACCCCACCCAGACAUUGCUGGGGGUGGGCGGGUCCUUGGAAGGAGACAAACUGCUCUCCUGAGCAUUGAAGCAACUUCAAUCAUUGAUGGACUGCCCAAUCAACGAAUUAAAAUUGCAAAACACCCUGCCUGGUGCCCCCUUUUGCACAGAUGCUAGAAGGUUCGAAUGAGAAGGGCUGUGAGGCGUCAUCCACCACGAAGCUCUCGUUUUACAAGUGAGGACAACGCAGCCCAGAGCCAUAAGGUGACUGGCCAGAGCCCACGGCCAAUCCCAGAGAGGUCAUCUCAAGACUGGACUUUGACCUCCGCAUCCAGGCUCUGGCUAGUCUCGUUAUCUGUGAGGCUUUUUCUCCUGUGAAAAAACCAGUCUAUCUGCUUACACUAUGAGAAGCCAUAACAGCUGGAUUUGCCUCUGUGGCCUUUCGUGGGUGGUGGCCUCCUAAGCCUCUCAUAGGUGGAGAAGCGGGAUUAUGAUUCUAAGAUGAUGAACUGAGGACCCCAGCAGGGCUCUCCUCUGCCUCCCCUUUUCUGUUCUGCUGUAGCAGAUACCCUAAAAGAGACAGGUACCCAA